GAAGAUCCGAGGGUCAUUUGCAUCGGCUGUCUACUUUAUUUUCAAAGUGCUCCUCCAAGAGUAACACCAAACUAAGACAUUUCUUGCAUUCCUUCAAGCUUGCACACUUGCCAUCUUCAGUAGACACAAACAACCAGUCCUCGUUGCUGGGCACACCAGGGGUAAUUUGACCAGGACAGACAUGCUUCCUAAAAUAACUCUGAUACCCCCGCCUGGAGUCCGUACUCACUGGAGCUUGUUUUCCUCCUCAACACUCUCUGCGUGUCAGUGAGUGGUCCAGAGGGGUCUGCAGAAGGGACAACGUCAAGGUGUGACUGAUCUUUCAAGUCUGGAAAGAAGAUACAAUUGUUGUCAAGGAUUUUUGUUUAGAGCUAUGAGGGUGGGAGCUGCAGCCUUAGCUGGGGGGAUAUUUGGCGUAUUGGGGACCAUAUGUUUCUUUCUGGCCUUUAGUACAGACUACUGGUUGGUGGCCCGGGACAACUGCGGACCUUACUCAAGGCACACCACAGAAACAAUAGUAGAAAAAUAUGCCAAUGGGACGGAGCUGCAGUUUGUGAAAGCAGUCACCAUCUCUCCUGCGUAUCUUACCCUCCACCAUGAAGGCUUUUUUUGGCGCUGUCUGUUCCACGUGGAAUCCACCGCAAAUGAAGUCUUGGCGACGUUUUUCACAAACCAACCGGGAUCCAAGGUGUGUGUCCAUGGCUACCUCUUCCCAUUACCAGUUGUGAUUGGACAAGUACCUCAUUCCAGUUAUGAUACUACAGCAGUGUUUCGAGGUUUCUGGACAGUGUUUAUCAUCCUCGCACUGGCCUCGGCUCUGACUGGAGGCUUCCUACUGGUCUGUGGCGUCCCCUUUAUCAGCCAUAAACUCUACAAGCUGGGUGGAGCCUUUCUCAUCAUUGCUGCAUGCUUGUUCCUGUCUGUGUUGGUGCUCUUCGUAUUUUGGAUGGAGGUGGUGGAUGUGAAGCGUUACGUCCUCCAGGAGAGAGGGGAGACAUGUAUCGAUAUCCAGGUCUCGGUGCUCUAUGGCCUGUCGUUCAUGGUGGCUGCAGCUGGCGUGCCCCUGGAGCUCCUCUCUGGAUUGAUCUUCAUGCUUGUGGGACGAGCGCUGCUUGCCAACAAGUGAGCAAGGCCAUCUGGCAUAAGAGAGGAUACAAGUGACCUUUUUGUGUCCUGCGCGGGAAGAGAUUCAUUCAAAAUCACAUUGCUGCAGACAUUUUUGGGGGUGUGGAAUGUAUAAAGAGUCCGUGCCGCCAGAUAGCACAAGAUAGCCCAAUUUUUUUGACAAUGCAGUACGUAUUUUGUUCAAAUAUAAAAUUGAAUUCUUUUGGAUUUUUUUAAAGUAUCUUUUCAUCCUUUAAAAUCAUUUGGGAUUUCUUCA